AUGGGAGACAACAGCGACCUAUCCUCAAAAUUACAAGAUCUUAGCAUUCAUAAUCGUGGCCUUAAUCCUAACGCACAGGCCAAGCUAUUAGCUUUUCAAGCCAAGAGGCAACAACAGCAUUCGAGCGAAGAACUUUUCAGCCCGGCAAGAAAUGCCUCUCCAAUCAUGAGCUCGCCGACGACUCCGCGCACCGAGGACGCUGGCGCCCCGGGAACUCCAAAUCUUGAUGCGGAGGAGAAGGCCGACACUCAAUCCGCGGAAGGCCUGAUGAGGCGAACAUCCUUUAGGAUUCCAAAGAAACAACCGGAAACCGAUGAGAAAGCGCUGUCGGAUUCAAGGAGCCGCAGCCAUAGUUUCAAAACCAUCAAAGACCCCGUGGAGCGCCCGUUUGGCGGACACGCAACCAAAUCAUCGGAAACUGUGACCAGUCAGGAAAAGCCUUUACCAGAAUUACCGGACGUAGCUUUGGCUGAUAAGUUAGAUGCGAUUGUUCGAAACGAGAUUAAUCCAGCGCCCUCUACAGAGGCUAAACCCCCUCAAAGAAAACAGUCAUUAUCUCAAAGAAGAGGAAUGAAAUUCGACCUUAAUUCCUUGACCGACCCUCAGAGUCAAACAUCUUCCAAUAAGUCAAUGAAUAAGCUAAAACUCAAUAUGCUGCCUCAGAGAGGAGUUCCGAGUGUUCCGCAUAACAGCGCGCCUGCUCCUAUCGGAGGAGCAAGAUCUAAACCAAAUCUGCGUCUUCCCCAGGCGCAACCCAAGCCCGCAGGCAUGUUUGCUAAUUAUGCGAAGUAUGUGGACAUUAAGUCGGGUUCUCUCAAUUUUGCUGGUAAGGCAUCUGUACAUUCCAAAGGUGUUGAUUUCUCAAAUGGCUCUUCUUUUAGAAUAUCUCAUGACGAUCUACAGUUUUUGGAGGAACUGGGACGUGGAAACUAUGGAAUAGUAUCCAAAGUAUUGCAUAAACCUACAGGUAUUAUCAUGGCAAUGAAGGAAGUCCGGCUGGAGCUGGACGAUUCUAAGUUCAGACAAAUCCUAAUGGAGCUCGAAGUGCUUCAUAGUUGUGUGAGUGAUUGCAUUGUGGACUUCUACGGCGCAUUUUUCGUUGAAGGUGCAGUUUAUAUGUGCAUGGAAUACAUGCAAGGUGGGUCACUUGACAAAAUAUAUGGAAAUGGGCUUAACGAACCUGAGUUAGCAUAUGUUACAAAAUGUGUUGUGAAGGGUCUUAAGCAGCUGAAAGACGAUCACAACAUUAUCCACAGAGAUGUGAAGCCGACAAAUAUUCUGGUCGGAGACUCUGGGAAAGUGAAGCUAUGUGAUUUUGGUGUUAGUGGUAAUUUAGUCGCUUCGUUAGCCAGAACCAACAUUGGAUGCCAGUCAUAUAUGGCACCAGAACGCAUAAAAUCUUCAACGCCAGACGACGCUACCUAUACAGUCCAAUCGGACAUUUGGUCAUUGGGAUUAUCAAUACUUGAGAUCGCAAAGGGCAGUUACCCUUAUCCACAAGAAACCUACGACAACAUAUUUUCGCAACUGAGUGCAAUUGUUGAUGGCGAACCACCAACUUUGCCUGACGAUCGCUUUUCCAAAGAGGCACGUGAUUUCGUGAAUCUGUGCCUCAACAAGAAUCCAAAUAAUCGUCCUGUCUAUGCUGAGCUUUUGUCGCAUCCAUGGCUGAACAAGUAUGACGACGCUACAUGCCAACAACUCAUGGCGAAAGUUGUUGCGGUCGCUUUAGAGAAGAAACACGAACAAAGCGAGAAUUCUCCUGAUACUUCAGAGUCUCAUGUCAUGCCGCCAUUGCAUAAAACACGGCUAAACAGGUAG